AUGGCAUACGACUAUCCUAAGUUGUCGACACAUCAAGUUCGAGUAUUAGAGUUGCAACCGUCAGAUUCAUGGGAUGAGCCGAUAUCCUGCCACCUCACUAUUCAGUUAAUCGAAGAUCGCCCCUACGAGGCUCUGUCAUAUGUCUGGGGCAAAGCGGACAUCUAUACCGCGCAGAUUCGUUGCCAGGAUAACGAAGAUGCCUCUACAGCUGGACCGCUAACUAUUGGAGCCAACCUCGCAACUGCUCUGAAAGCUUAUCGCCUUCCACAUACAGCACGACGACUAUGGGUUGACGCUAUUUGUAUAAAACAGCAAGAUGUUUUGGAGAGACAGUCCCAGGUACGCAUGAUGGGGAGUAUCUUCCGCAACGCCAGCCAAGUUCUCUGUUGGCUAGGAGCUUUCCAAAACCCAUCGGUCGAUGAACAAGUUGCCAGAGUUGCUAUUACAACUCUUUUACAGUUCAACAACGACCCAAAUGGCGAGCUCAAGCAAAUACAGAGCCUCAUCCAUCGUGGGGAACGCACCGCCAAUCAGGCUGAUGCCGAGCUAACACGGGCAUGGCAUGCCAUCAAGACGUUCUUCGACCUUGAGUAUUUCCACAGGGCAUGGAUCAUACAAGAAAUCGGACUUGCACAACUAGCAGUCAUGUCAUGGGGACGAAGUGAUAUUCAGAUCCUCUGGAAAGACGUUGCGAGGUUUGUUCUCUUCCUGGAUGACAACGGUGCCUCAGUAAUAAAUCAUCUGAGUCUCAAGUCCUGGGUAUGCAAUCAUGUGAACCUCGUCUGGUCAAAUGAUCCGCUAGGCAAACCAAUCUAUGACUUUGUUGAAGUCUUGCAUUGGGCCAGAGUGCAUCUUUCCACCGACGCCCGAGAUUAUGUAUACUCCCUCCUCGGCCACCCCAGUGCAAUAAUCGAAGACGUGCCGCUGAUUGAGCCGCGUUACACUAUAUCAACAGAGGAAGUAUAUACAGAUCUAGCCAAGAACGUUAUUCAACGCACCGACAGGCUUCAUAUCCUCGCCUUUGUAGAUCAUGACGAGAACCAACACCUGCUUGAUCUUCCCAGCUGGGUUCCUGAUUGGCACGCGCUGAACCUGGUGGCCCCGUUGCGAUAUCCUACGUUUGCAGCAGCUAAGGAAUUUGAUGCCAUUAAAAUACACAGCGCUGCAACACCCAAUAUGACGCUUCUUGAGAUAGAAGGAUACCUAAUCGACUCAAUCGUCGCAUAUACAUCGAUUGUCAACCCCAACGAACUUACCAUCACAACUCGAGAAGCGGAAGACCAAAAGACAACGCCGUUCUUAAUAGACCAUAUAUAUGAGAAGCUCGUCCUUGAUAUAGAGAGCACACCUGCUCCAUCGACAGAGGACUUUAUGAAUGCUGUAUGUUCUAUGCUUACUGGAGCUCAUCGCGAAAACUCGCCAGCUGCAAGCGACGACAGACUAUACCUCCAACGAGCUGACUUUGCCGCCUACGUACUGGAAUACAACAAGCUCCGCCCUACAAAUGAGACUAGCAGCUUCUACGCAACAUUCUCAGACCAAGAUAAACAGACAGUCCAGAACUUGGCAUCCAGCGGCUCCGCAGAGCAGUACGUGCAAGACAUGACAUGGACAUCCAUGUGCCGUCGUGUCUUCAGAACGUCCAACGGAAGCAUUGGUCUAGGGCCCCGGAUCAUGUCCAAGGAUGACAUUGUUAUCGUCACCAAAGGAUCGAAAUACCCACUAGUACUGCGAGAGGUAAACAGACAAUACCGACUAGUUGGCGGGGGACUGUUGUACGGAUUUAUGGACGGUGAAGCUGAAAGGCUGGCGCAGGCGGGCAAGUUCACGCUACAGACCUUCAUACUAUAUUAA